GCAAGCCCUCUUCCUCGAUCCUCCCUCCACCACCGGCCGCCGCUACCGCUCCUCCAUGGCUCAAUCCCUCCUCUUUGUCCGAUGGAGGCGACCGACUUUGCUCCAUCUCGAGCUGCUUGUUCUCUCCUCUCCCCUGACGACCAGCGCAGGAGAUAGAAGAUAAGAGAGGAGGGAAAGGGAGAGGGAGAGAGAGAAGGAAGGAGAGGAGGGAGAAAGAGAGAGGAAAGAGAAGAGGGAGGUACGAUGGCGGACGGGGUAGGUUCACCGGCCGGCACCGGCGAGGUCGGGCGUGGUCUCCCGGUCGGUGGUGGCUCAAUCCGCUCCUGGAUCGGGGGCCUCCCGUCCGCACCGCAGCACCGCCGGCAUGGAGGCCCGGGCUCGGGCAGCCACUGCCCUCCUUCUCUCUAUUGUUCACUGCUUGCAGAUUCCUUUCAUCUUGUGCCUUAUUCUCAUAUGUGUUUCCCAUCUCGCAGAUCAUGGGGAAGUGAGUGGGCGGAUCAUCCUUGUUUGCUAACCCUGCACGUGGUAAUCCUCUUCGUUUCAUCGAAACUCAUCUUUGUCCGGCAUUCAGUUGCGGUUCUUCUCGCCUUAUUCAGGUGUAAUAUGACUGAUUUGUUUCUUUUGAUUUGGUGACGUUUCUGUGUUCGUCGGUUGCUGCUCACCACUUGUUUGUGUUUAUGCAUCGCCAGAAUAUUCGUCUGUUCUAAUAGUGUUGCUUUGUUGGUUAGGCAUCCUGCUCGUUGGUGAUUGGGUUCUCGGGUUAGCUCGUGUUUCUCAUCCAGUAGGUGCGCACGAUAUGAGCUCAAAUGAUCAUGCCCACGAUAUGAGCUUAAAUGAUCCUGUCCAUGAUAUGAGCUCAACUGAUCCUGCCGCGGAUCGUGCUGCUGCACGUGACCGUUCUGUGGCUCGGUGGCGCAACGGAGUCUCAGCGCGAAUCGCACUGUUUCAGGACAGCAGGUCGGCUUCCUCUCGCCGCUCUGAACUGCAGGACUCGCUGGAUGGAUGUGAAUGUGAGCAACCAAACUAUCAGGUUAGAUUUUUGUGGCAAUAUCACUAUGAGGAAGCCGACAACCUGGAUUGCCAAUUACCUCCGCAGGGUGCCCCAUUUUUUGAUGUCAUGAUUAUCCGCGUUCGAGAACCGGUGGAUCAUUUUGUAACUUAUGCAGGUUAUGUGCACAUUGAGAGUUUCUUCUGCUCGAGGCAGCCGUCGUCCACAUGCUCCUCCUAAAGUUCCUCCUUGUCACCACGAGUGGAUGCCGGUGAGGCCAGCCUUCCCGGACUGCUAUCUUCUCAUGCUGCUGCAACAACUUCAUAAAUUGUGACUUGAGACACCUCCCUGCGGAUUACCAUCAAUACUUACAAGAAAAUGAGGUGAAAGUGAGUACAGUUGAAAGCUACCCUAUGAAUAAUGGAGGAUGCACCAGCAGCAAUGUGAAGCAAAAUUUUCAGAGAUUCAAGCAUGCAAGUGUACUUGCAGGACUAGCGCAGAUGAUACUAUUGUCGAGGGUGUGAAAACAGGUAUUCUCGCUAAGCUAGGGUUGGAGGGGCACACAGAAUACUGAUGCUAUUUUGCAGCGGUUGAUGGGAACAAAUGGCCGUUGCGUGAACCACGCCUCGUUGAACAUAGAGCUGAUCCUAAAAAGAAAGAAAAGAAAAAUAAAAAAUAAAAAAUAAAAAAACGAAACAAAGAAAAAUCAGCCUGUAUUUUUUUUGAGGGGUAGAAAAAUCAGUCCGUAGCUUCCUAAAACCGGAAAAAGGACCAAGUUGGGCCGGGCCAAGUGAUGUCAAAAAGAAAAGCGGAAGAUUACUGGGCUGUAGUACCAACGCCGCCUAAUGGGCAUGAACACAUUUCCGACUCCUGUCCCGGCUUAUUGAUUCGAUUCCCCAAUCGAAUCGCCGCCCCCCUCAAACCCUAUCUUAGCUUCUGCCGCCGGCGACGUCGAUCGCCGUUGAUCAUCUCACGCCUUCUUCUUCUUCCUGGUGGCAAGAUGUUGGGCGAGACCCAGCUGCCCGUGACGGCGCUGAUCGGUCGGAAGCGGCGCUGGGACAAGGACGACGCCGCCGCCAGCUACGAAGAAGCCAGCGAUGGUACCCCGAAGGAGCAAGCCCCUAUGGAGAUCGCGGCCAGCCCAACAACCCGCGACGAGGAGAAGCAGGAGAACGAGGAUAUGGGUCUUCCGGCCUGCAAGAUGGGUGAGCAACCCCUUACGGAAAUUGGAAGUUCGAACGUCUCGAUUGUGGAGGAGAAGGAAGUGACCGAGGAGCUUGAGAUUCCAAUGUGGGACAGCGAUGAUGAUGAUGGUGAGUUUAUGCUCAAGGCAAAGGCAGAGCUCGAGGAGCUUCACAUUGCCUGUGUCAAAAGCAUCUCCGAAUUGGAUCCUAAGUCGAAACUCUUGGUCCCUACCCGCUUCUGCAGCUUCAAUAUAGUCGGCUUCGACCUCGAUAAAGAGUCUAAGUUUGGCCUUGGGCCGCCACUUGAUAGCAAUAUAACUCCUGAGUUGGAGAAGUACAUGGUGACGUCAGCCGUCAACGUCAUUUCCGUCAAAGUAAUUGAAUCUGACCGGGGUUAUCCAAUCAGCAUAUAUGGUACUGUUCUUGCAAGGGAUAGGAUUGACUACAGAUGUAUCUACCUGUUCAGACGUGGAAGGGAAGACCCCCAGAUGAUCAGCUCCAAGGAUGAUAUGCUAACAUUGACAGGUCCACGACGGGCAUUAGUUCCGCUGGAUAAUAUUUACUUUGAGUUCAAUCUGAGGGUGAAGGGUGAUGCCGGCGACGAAGAUUUUAGCAAAGGUGUAAUACAGCUCCAUGUCGUUCCCUAUGACAAUGAACCAAUCACAAGGGUGCUUAGUAGUUGGCUGAGCAGAGUGGAGUUGGUGCUCGCACCUGUUGAUGGUCCAGUGGCAGCUAGCCUUGAAGUCAAGAUUUUGAAAGGAGCACCACCUUUGACUGGCAAAAUAUGUGCUGGGACUAGUGAAAAUCCUGAGACUCAGAUGAUUGUGUAUGAUAGUAGAGAUAUGAAGAGCGGUUCCUCUGUUGUGUUAAGUCGCAACUUGGUAGCUGUCCCUGACCCGGAUGAAGAAGACGAUGAAAUUAUUGUCCAUGUUCGCUUCCUUAAUGAUGGCGAUGACGAGGAUGCAGGCACCUUGGUCAGCGUAGCAUACCCUGCUGAAGAGCAAGUCUGCAGUCACGGCGCCUGGGAGCUGCAAGUGAACGUUGCCUGGACUGCCAUCCUGUCCAAGCCGAGGGCAAAAUAUAUCAUGAGAAGAGGGAGGAGUACGCCCAGAGCUUUUACUUGCCCUCAGUAUGAGCCUCUCUUCUGAUUGGUCUCUAAGUAACUUGUUCAGAAUUUCU